AUGGAUUCAGGAAGAAAAUCAGAUUUAAUAUCAAAUUUACCUGAUUGCCUUCUGGUUUUAAUCAUAUCUUAUCUGCCUUUAAAAGAAUCUGUACGUACGAGUGCUAUCUCUAAACGAUGGAAGAAUCUUUGUCGUGAAACGACAAACCUCGUAUUCAAAGAAUCUGAGUUUGUGAACCUAUCUGUUCUCGAUCAAGAAACCAUAAAACUUAAGAGGGUUUUGUUUGUUCGUAUCAUGCGUCAAUGGAUCUCAAGAUUUACCGGUGAAUCUCUUGACAGUUUCGAAAUAUAUCUCUCUGACCCGGUGGGUUUUGAGGCAGAUAUCGUGUCUCUAAUCGAAUUUGCCGCCUCCAAACAAGUCAAAAAUCUAGUCAUUGAUUUCUCAAACCAUGCCUCGAAAAAUAUUGGUGUAGUCGAGCAUUUGCUCACGUUGAUCUAUUAUCAAAAGAACGGAUUAGAUAUUUCUCAUCUCUUUUUCAAUCUUUUAUAUGUCAAAAACUUAACGAUAUGCUCUUUUCUCCUUCAGAUGAUCCAAGAUUGCGACAAUCCUAUGGAGUUGCACGAUCCGAUGAAAACACAACAUUUGGUGAUGAAGACAAAUUUGCACGCAAAUGAGUUUAUGGGUAUUACGAUAUUUCUCAAUAGCUGUCCGGAAUUGGAGUCCCUCACAUUCGACAUGGGCACUACUGAACGUAUCUUGAGAACUUCGUCGCCAUUAGAUGCAAAAACGUUUUGGCUUGCUAACAAAUCGUACGCAUGUUUGGAAAAAACGCUUAAGAUUGUGAAAGUAAAGAAUUUCCGUGGCAGCUCGAACGAGUUACAUGUGCUGCACUACCUGAUUCGAACCGGGCGUGUGAUGGAACAGCUUGACCUUUAUGAGGCAAAUGGAUUGGACCAUAAACAAAAGAGGUUGGUGCUUGCUGGAGCAGAGGAGGUUCGGCGAUAUUUCAAGAAAACCUCUAGGGAUUUACAGAUGACUCUACACAAUGCUUGA